CGUAUACCCCCACACACACGCACCCAAGCAAAAUCAAACUGUAAAAUGGUCCAAAAUACUUGGCACUCAACAACACUCGCGUUUCGUUAAAAGAGAAUAACCGACACUCAAAACCAUUUCUCUGAAAAUCUUGAAUCCCUUUAAACUAAUUAACGGAUGAGUGCAGGAAGCAGCAAAGAUAAAGAGAAGGCGCGAGUGAGCCGCACCUCACUCAUACUAUGGCACGCUCACCAAAACGACGCCGCUGCCGUUCGGAAGCUUCUUCAAGAAGAUCCCUCGCUUGUCAAUGCUACCGAUUACGAUAACCGCACUCCGCUUCAUGUCGCUUCUCUCCACGGAUGGAUCGAGGUUGCUAAAUGCUUGAUUGAAUUCGGCGCUGAUGUCAACGCGCAAGAUCGUUGGAAGAACACCCCUUUGGCUGAUGCAGAAGGAUCUAAGAGGAGUAAUAUAAUCGAGCUUUUGAAAUCGCAUGGAGGAUUGUCUUAUGGUCAAACUGGAAGCCAUUUUGAACCCAGGGCGGUUCCGCCGCCGUUGCCUAAUAAGUGUGAUUGGGAAGUUGAUCCUUCUGAGCUUGAUUUCUCAAGUUCUGCGCGUAUUGGAAAGGGAUCUUUCGGUGAAAUUUUGAAAGCCCAUUGGCGCGGAACGCCAGUUGCUGUCAAGCGCAUUCUUCCAUCUCUUUCAGAAGAUAGAAUGGUGAUUCAAGACUUUAGGCAUGAAGUCAAUUUGUUGGUGAAGCUUCGACACCCCAAUAUAGUUCAGUUUCUUGGAGCUGUUACUGACAGGAAGCCCCUCAUGUUAAUUACUGAGUAUCUAAGAGGGGGUGAUCUUCACCAGUACCUCAAAGAUAAAGGUUCACUUAACCCUUCAACAGCUAUCAGCUUUUCUAUGGAUAUUGCCAGAGGAAUGGCCUAUCUUCACAAUGAACCAAAUGUUAUAAUUCAUAGAGACCUAAAGCCAAGAAAUGUUCUUUUAGUCAACUCUAGUGCUGACCAUUUAAAAGUUGGAGAUUUUGGAUUGAGCAAGCUUAUAACUGUCCAGAGUUCUCAUGAUGUAUACAAGAUGACUGGUGAAACUGGGAGCUAUCGCUAUAUGGCUCCGGAAGUUUUCAAACAUCGGAGGUAUGAGAAGAAGGUCGAUGUGUACUCCUUUGCAAUGAUUUUGUACGAGAUGCUUGAAGGUGAACCACCUUUCGCAAGUUAUGAACCUUAUGAUGGAGCAAAACACGCAGCUGAAGGGCACAGGCCUGUUUUUCGAGCAAAGGGUUAUAUCCCUGAGUUGCAGGAGUUAACGUCGCAGUGUUGGGCUUCUGAUAUGAAUCAUAGACCUCAUUUCAUAGAGAUCCUUAAACGGCUUGAAAAGAUCAAGGAAAAUCUACCUUCAGAUCACCACUGGCAUUUGUUUGCUUCGUAAAUGUUUAAUGAGCAUUGAUAUGCUAAGAAAUUCAAAUGAUUUAUUUGCCAUUACCAUUGCUUCCAGAUUUAUGGAUUGAUAAAGCUUAACUGGAAAACCUGCAAAAACCAAUACGAAUUCCAAUUCUACUUUCUCAUUAAAGCCCAUGUCACAUCCAAGUGAGCAUACAUACACGUGUUGUUGGACAAGUUUAAUAUGGUUUUAAGUGUACAAACUAAUUGAAGUAGACCAAUCGUACAGUCUGCUGUGUUGUGUUUUCAUCUUUUUGUUAAAAAAAUUAAUAAAAAUAAUAGUUGUUAUCAUUCUUAUA